GAUGGAGUCGUAUUGCGACAAGGCAGUUACUUGAGCGCAAAAGCAGACAUUGGAGUCUUUGAACAUUCCCUGUCGACUGAUUUGUUGAACCAUUUGGUCUUUGUGCAAAAGGUGUUUAUGAGAGAAGUAAAUGAAGUUGUGCAAAAGGUAUACGGAGGAGAAAAACCUGUACCGCUCUGGCUGGAAGAUGAGGAACCAUCCACCACUACUUCUUCCUUGAAAAGAAUCUUGUUCACUCUGAUCAUUCGUAUCAAGCGAAUUCAAUUGACCGCAACGACUCCCACGAAUUCGGCAGUGCGACUAGAAACCGGGGCAGUGGAAUUGCAGCUGUCGAAUCGCGUGCAAAACGUCUCGGGUUCUACUCAUAUGAAACUGUUUGGCAAGGCCCAAGUAGACAUCAAUCUGAGUCUUGGCCAAUUGCUGAAGAACGUCAUGUUUGAAGAAGCAGAGCCCGAGUUUCAGCAGUUUGCCUUCUUCAACACUAGGGUCGGAUUGCGGAACGCUUUUCAGGAGGAAAUGGCAGAGGGCGAAGCCAAGGAAGUGGUCCUAAUUACCCUGAAGAGACCUCUAAUUUACAUCCAACCGGUGGCAGUCGACAAAGCGAUUUUGGUCUGGUUGAAUUACAAAAAUGCGUAUGAAUAUUGGAACGAGAAGAGGGCUAACUUGAACAAGGAAGUGUUGACUGCUACGCAACAAGUGUUUGAAAAAGUGCCAUUUGGACAACUGACGAGUCAAUUGAGCGCUCCUCAUUUAGGAACUUUGUUCCUGCAACUAACUGUUGAUGAUAUGGGAAUUUGCAUUCCGUUGAAUUCACUGCCACCUAAUAAUUGGGGAUUGAGUCGAGGACUUUACGAUGGAGAAUCGAGGGGAGCUGUUGUUAUUACCUUGGAAAAUACGAGUAUUUCCGCUUGUAGCAGUGGUAGUCUUGUGAGCAAAGGAAGAUUUGUCGGCCUCUGUUUGAGAUUUGCAGAAGAUUUCGAAACUUCCCUAGACGAUUGGAAGCCGGACAUGAGUGACAAUAGUGUGAUGAACCUCUGUGUGGUUUCAGAAGGCACCUACGAAGUUUGCAGUAGAACUAUUGCUCAGAAACAAGAUAAAUCUGAUAAUGCAAAAUGGCUCUUGAACGUGCAAUGGCAAAUGGAGGGUGUGGACAUUCAUUUGGAUGUGAGUGUAGGUAAACAAUUGUCUGCUUUGGGUCAUACAUUGACAAUGCUGACUGGUUCGGAAGAGGAUGAUGCUCAUGCCUCGAUGGAUUAUGACAGCGACGAUGCGGACCAACCGAACAAUAGCACGAGCCAGGAGAGUAUUCUGAUGAAGAAAUCGAAAAACUGGACAGACAGCUUGCCGGCGUUUGUCUUUGAUCCAUCGCUGGAUGCAAAAAAGAGAUCGAAACUGAUCGAGAAGGAAAUGAACGAGCAAGCUAAAAUCAUAAACGAUCUUAGAUCUCUGGGCGCAUCUCACGGAACGAUUGAGCAAGAGAUGAAACGUUUACAUGAACUGGAAGCUAUGGUCUUCAAAGAUUUUAGAAGAGAUAUGAUUCAGAAAUUGAGAAGACAGUCGGUGAAAGCAUCUGGAUUGAAAGGAAAAUUGGGUUUGGGAAGCAAAACGAAUGCGUAUCGUUCCAGAUCGUUUAUCGUGCCGUCGCCAACUCCAGAGCAUCAGCUGGAAAGUCCAGAGGAUUUGAAUAAUGACAUCAACUCGGCAAACUCUGCGAGUUAUGAAAGUAGUCCUAGAAGUGGACCAAGCAGAUCUGCUUCUCUUAGAGUCAGAGGACUCGGCGGACCAAGAGUAACAUUUAGCGAUACUCACACAAUGUGCAGACAAUCGUCCUUGCCAAGCGCAGGAUCAGAACUGAGUUUACCGGAAGGAGAACUCGAUUGGCCAGAUACUAUCGAAAUUGAAGGGGAGCAAGUUGAAUUGCGAAAAAAACACAGGGAUAUUAGCUGCACUUCGAGCUACGACAGUAUGGAAGGAAGUGCACCACUUCUUGAUUCGUUUGGAAGGGACCAAACUUUGACGACAUCCUCGCCACAUAUCGUACCACAAAAACCUCAAGAGCCCAACAUAGAUUUUGAACUCGACGUCAAAGUUUUAAUAAAUAGUGGAAAGUGUGUUUUGCACACCAAAGACCCAGCGAGAGAAGACGAACUGAAAUUAUUGACUAGAAUGAAGAAGGAGCGUUCUUGUUCUGGGGGCACGUUCGAAUUCCAGCCAAGUAGUCCAAGCAGCAGUAGAAAACAUUUGAACAGCAAGGAAAAAUCAAACGCGACGAGUUCAGCGAGAUUGAGAUAUCUACAUCACACGAGCGUGCCUUUAGUAGAUUUGACCAUUUUUCACAUUCCAGGCUUAGAUGUAAAGAUACACUAUGAAUCGAAGACACUUCCUGAAGAACUAAUGUCUCCACGAUUAGCUGCUGAUCACAGUAUUCUAAAUCCAUCCGCAUCCAACUUACUGAAAAAGUCUAGUACCAAAAAAGCCAGUCUCUUCGCCUGGAUGACGCUUCAAAGCAUCCCAGAGGAAACGAUAAUCAGCCCUCAUAUUCUUGAAUUCCUGGAGCAAACUCUGGAACCCAUUCCGAGUAAAACUUCGUUUCACAGUGGAGGACAGACCAAUGCUAUGUUUCCUCUGGAAAAUAUGGACAGUUCUUCCUGGGCUGUCUCGGCUGCGAGUGGGAAUUAUGUCUAUUCUAGCUUCCCAGUUGACGUAAUCGUCUACUUUCAUAUGCAGCCCUCAACUUUUAGGUUUUCUUGCCUGCCAGUAUCAAGAGUGGAAUGCAUGUUGCAACUGCCCUCACUGGACAUCGUAUUUUCCUCGAAACGAGCCGAGGAAGAAUUGCCAGAAUUUAAAGAAUACAAACCAAACAAUUCGCAGACGGCUGGAAAAGAAGCUGGAUCGGCCAUCGGUGGACUUUCAGUGACUGGCUGCCUUGCUGAUUUUUCAGUUUAUAUAUUUCACCCCUAUGGCGGUGGCAAAAAAUCCGGGCUCAAAGAAGCGCAAUGGUCGCCUUUGUCGGAUAGCGAACGAAAGGACUCGCUCAGCAUCAACGUCGAAUUUGUCAAGUUUCAUUUGUCAAGGAGUCGCAAACUCAAUUUUCAGAAUGAGCAGCUCAAGAAGGCUGAUUCCAGUAGAGCAGUCAUACGAUUUUCGACGAUUAUUGACAUCGGAUCAGCGUCGUUUAAAUACGACAUGCGUCGAUUGACUGAAAUUCUCGCUUUUCCGAAAGCCUGGUAUCGGCGAAGUAUAGUGAGAAGGUUAUUCCUUGGAGAUUUGAGUAGCAGUACCGCCUAUUCGGAGGGCGAUGGCACUCCUCCUUUAAAUCAAGAAGAAGCUGUCAUGGGAAGUUCGUUACUGAAACACCAUGAAAGACACGGGGCUGAGAUACUUUCGAAAAGUGCACCCGAACGAAGCCCCACCUUAAAUAGAGAUAAAUUAAGACUGAGUCUCGAAAAUGACAUUCCCAAGCACACUAGACUGAAAGAUAUUGGUAGAGGUUGGAGCUUCACUGCCGAAAAACAGGCACCAACAGAGGUAAAAAUGAGGGAAUCAGCUUGGGAAACUCUGGUUCUAUUUGCGGUGAAUUUCACUCGUUUGAAUGUUCAUAUGAAUAUGGGUAAUGUUAUGGGCAACGUUUCUUGGAUGACCAAAGAUUUCCGGUCGGACGGUAGAUUGUCGAUUGGCAGUACUGGACACAAAAAUUUGUACAUCGGUGUUGGGCUUGGAGGUUCUAGCUUGGACGCAAAAGGUGGAAUUGUCGGCGGUAUCAUCGAGCUGAGCAAAAUUGACACCUACAUUCAUAUUCGAGAGGAACCAGGAACAGAGCCGGACCACACAGUGGGCUUGAAGCUUUUCGCUCUUGAAUUGCGUUUAGACUAUAUGGGAACAAGUGUUUUAAUGUCGAGAGUUUCCUCACUCGAUGUCACUCUCAGGGACGAGUGGAAAAUCAACCGAAACAAUAGUGGCGACGCAUUUAUGCCCACAAGAAGGCCAGCAAUCAUUUUCAUGCAUGGUGACUUGAGUUGGGAUCAGCUACAAAUCAUGAUCAGCAAAUCGACUACGGCGGAUCUUUUGAAAAUGUUUUACAAAUUGGACGAGUUUUUUAGUCAACAGUUUAAAAGCAGCAAACGAGUCUUUAGUUCCUUGCAGCCGCGGCAUCAAAGAAUGAACAACAAUAGUUUCAGGAAGAAACAGCAAAAAAAGAAAUCUACAAAUGAAGGUCCCUGGACGAUGAACCAAACGGCAAUUUCGGAUGCACGUCAUCAUCGUCACUGGCAACGCGUUUUGGCUCAAGUGGCUGGCCUCCAAUUAGGCAGUUUGAGGUUCUCUUUGCCCUCGAACGGAACAGUUCUUGGCGGAACGAUGGAACUGCAUGGAUCCAACAUCAGCCUCGCCUGUUUCCACGGCAUCAACUUUAAAAGUAAAAACUGGGCACUCUUUUCCUUGAAGGAACCAUGCAUCAGUUUUGCUACCGAAGCUCAAGAGAUUCCAAGUGUGGAAUCUCCAAAUACUUGUGAUGUCCAUGUAGUGCAAACGUUGACUAUCAGCCUCGGGCAACAGCAGGAACAACAUGCGAGGCAUCACUCGAUGGCGACAGUUUGCAGACUCAGCAGAAGUGUUCUGUUUCCGCCGCAAUUCAAGUCUCUGCAGGAGUGGUUCCAUUACGCAUUCGCGAACAGCGAAAUCGACGUUGAUAGAUUUCCAUGUGUUGAGAGAGAGCGAACAGACAGUACUUCUGAAAACACAAAUCCCGUGCGUGGAAGAAGUACAUCUACGGCUUCCGGAAAGCUACAAGAACAUUCCCACACGAGGGAAGUAAUAUUCGCUUUACCGUCCUUGCAACUUCACUUGAAGACGGAACACCUGCAGACUGCCAAAACUCCUGACGUCAUAGGUGAGAAGCCAUUGGUGGAGUGCAGUUUCAUCACGGAAUUUGAAGACCACAUUUUCGUUACUGUGGAUGCCGAGGCCUUUUUCUUUUUACACGAUCUGAUUACUUCUUACGUAAAAGAAAAAGAAAGAGUGCACGCGAUGCAAAAUUUCGGGGGAAGAGGUCCGGAAGUUCAAGAAAGUGCGAAUGCAAACACAACGAGUGCGUCGACUUCAGCGAAUUCUGAAGAGGAAAAAAAACGAAAGCAAUUUGAUCCUGCAGAAAUGUUCAUCAAAGACUGGCGGUCUUACAGGUGUAAAACUUGGCAUCUUGAACCUACUGUGCGAUUGCUCUCUUGGGCUGGAAAAUCGAUCGAACCCUACGGCAUAGACUACAUCCUGCAAAAAUUGGGUUUCGCGCACGCUCGCGAGACAAUUCCAAAGUGGAUUCAGAGAGGCUUCAUGGAUCCGAUGGACUCGGUUCUGGCGGUCAUUAUGUUGAGAAUGGUCUGGGCCAUUCGUGAGGAGCCUCUCGACGAGAAGGAAUCGCACAAAAAGGAAUCUAGUCUCGAGCAACAUGCUGUCUGGAUCUCAAAGUAAUAGUGGAAUCCCCCACAAAAAGAAAAAAAAAAAAAAUUAAAAAGCGAACAAAAAUUCACGUAUUUAGUGUUCAAUAUUUAUAUUUACAUACCGAGAAAAGAAGAGAGGAGAAGAUUGAUUGUCAAUUAAGAUUGAUCAUCAAUCGGGACACGAGAAAACUUAAUUUUUUCGUUUUUAGGAUAUAUAAUUAUUAUAUUUCAGUGGGACUUUCAUACUUGUUCGAUGAUCGGUGAUUUCUGAAUGGACCAAAGAAAAACUAGCCGAGUUUUUAUUUUUAUUAUUCGAAAUGUGAAGUUAGGUAGGUGGUGAUCGGCAUGUUUUGCGACAUGCACAUGUAAAAAAAAAUGGAGGUGGUGCUACGAUUUAUAUGUAUGUAUAAUUAUGUAGUACGAAUCGCUUUUAUGUGUUUAGUUUUGAUUCGUUAGCCCUCACGCAUUGAAUAGUUGUAAAUAUAUUUUUAUUUCUGUGGUGCAGCUAGCAUGAAAA